AUGGCACGCACAAAGCAAACUGCUCGCAAGUCGACGGGUGGUAAGGCACCUCGCAAGCAACUCGCCGCCAAGGCCGCUCGCAAGUCUGCACCUUCGACUGGAGGUGUCAAGAAGCCUCACCGCUACCGUCCAGGCACAGUCGCCCUUCGUGAGAUCCGUCGCUACCAAAAGUCGACCGAGCUCCUCAUCCGCAAGCUGCCCUUUCAGCGCCUCGUGCGUGAGAUCGCUCAAGAUUUCAAGACCGAUCUCCGCUUCCAGUCUUCCGCCGUCCUGGCCCUCCAGGAAGCGUCAGAGGCUUACCUUGUCUCGCUCUUCGAAGACACCAAUCUGGCUGCCAUCCACGCCAAGCGAGUCACCAUCCAACCCAAGGACAUCUCGCUCGCUCGCCGUCUCCGUGGCGAACGUGCUUAG